AAACUCGGCAUUUACAAAUAAAUAAUUUAAUCUCAAAGCAAUGCCUCUUAUAAUAAAAGAAAAAGAAGUUGAAUGGCAUGAAUCUAAAGAUAAAAUACUUAUUGUUGUUCCUCUUACAUCUCGUGUAGAUGUAAAACCUUCGGUUCUGAUCACAAGCAAUUAUCUAAAAGUCAGUUCCCCUCCAUACUUGUGGGAAUGUUUUUUAUUCAACUCAAUAGAUCCCGAAAAAAGUUUUGUCAGAAUAACAAGUGAUAAUGUUUCAUUUGAACUUCAAAAAUCUAUGGAUGAGGUGUGGAAUGAUCUAUCACAUCCUGAGGCAGGAUCUGAAAUUUACCGCAAAGAACAAAGAGAAACGGCUUUUGAAGAGAAUCAAAAACGUUUGCAAAAUUCAUUGGAAUCGAAGCAACAAAGAAAACAAACUGCUCAAAGAGAAAGUAUUCGCAAGCAAAUGGAAGUAGAAGAACUAGAACGUCAGAUCAUCGAAAGGGAAAAAAUGCGAGAAAAUCAGAAAGCUGCAGCAGAUAUUAAAAGAAAACAAGAGCAGUUAAAGGCCAAUGUGAUUGCUCAAAAAAGAAAACAAUUGCAACAGUUUUCAGAUAAGAUUCCUCCAACCAGGAAAAGUGGCCACAUCACGGUCAGUUUCACUCCUCGAGAGUUCCCCACAGCAGCCAGAGAAUCGCAAGAAGCUGAAGAAAGGGAGUGGCUGGAUAAACAAAUGGCAGCCAGCGCGAGUCUCAAAUUAGAUUUGAGUGAUUUGUCCCCGCAUGAAAGAAAUCCACAAUGGUUGAAAUCGAAAGCCGAAUCCAUGUUUAAAAAGGGAGAUUUCAGGUCUGCUGUAAAUGCGUAUACUUUGGCGAUUCGAAUGUGUCCUAAUUUACAUAGCCUGCACUUAGGACGUUCAGCUUGCCAUCUUAAUCUUCGCAAUUUGCACAAAGCCGUUGAAGAUUCUUCGAAGGCAUUGGAAUUGUUGGUACCAGCAGUACCUUCAAAUGCAAAUGAUAGAAAAGAAGCACAUAAAAUACGAGGAACUGCAUUUCAAGCAUUAGAGCUUUAUGUUGAAGGUUUGAUGGAUUUUGAAGCUGCAUUAAAAAUGGAUCCAAAUGAUAAGGAAAUAAAACAAAAAGCAGAUGAAGUGAGAAAUUUUAUAGAAAAAGGCACUUGAAUAUAAAACUAAUAAUAGAACAAGAUAACACUACAGAGUACCAAUUACCUAUAAGGGUAGUCAAUAGCUAUAGAACAGUAUGGAUGCUUCAUCACAAAUUUAAACUUUCUUAACGAUUCAAGAAAGUUAAA